CUUGGGGGGAAUUUUCUGCUUGAAGAUCAAGUUUUAGAAACAAAAGGGGUUCUCCUUGGAGACAGGAAUGCACCAAAUACUCUAUUGCCACAUCUCUGAAGGCUGUGGUUAGCACAGUGAAUAAAAUAAAAAAAAAAAAAAAAAAAAAAAAAAAAAACAGCCAGUUUGGGUAGCAAUGCCAGAAAAAAAUAACAAGAUUUUUUGUGUUGCUAUGAAAACAUUUUUAUGUUUUUGUUGGAUGGAUUUUUUUUCCUUUUUAUUUCCCCCUUCACAGUUGUUCUGAGAUUAUUUGGAUUCCUGUUGACAUCCUUGGCUGCUUGGUAUUUGGGAUACUUUGUUGCUGCUCAUGUACCCCAAAAUACAGUAUCUAUUGCUGCACUUCAAGAGAUUGGAAAGAAACCAGUGUUGAGGCCCCCAGCCCCCAAAAGGCAGAAGUGUGACCUCUGGUCUCCCUGCCCACCUGGGAACUUCGCCUAUCGCAUCCUCAGUGGCGGUGGCAAACAGAGGAGGCCUACAAUUUGUUUUGAGGACGAGGAGCUUAUAAGUGCAGGGAAUCAUGAGGCUGGAAGUGGUAUAAACAUUGCCAUUGUGAAUUAUAAAACAGGAGAAUUCAUGUCGACAAAUUUUUUUGAAAUGUGGGCAGGAGACCACUCCAGGGAGAUGAUGGAUUUCAUCAGAAAAGCACCAGAAGGGACCCUCCUUCUGAUGGCCACUCACGAUGAUGGGAGCACCAGGUUGAAAGAUGACACCAAAAAAUUAGUAGAAGAACUGGGAAGUAAAGAAAUAAAGAAUAUAAAGUUCAGAUCAAGUUGGGUUUUUAUAGCUGCCAAAGGCUUCAAGCUGCCAGAUAAUAUCCAAAAAGAAAAGAUAAACCACUCUGACCAGACAAAGAACAGAUACAAAGGCUGGCCAGCUGAAAUCCAAAUAGAAGGCUGUAUCCCAAGAAACCUGAUCUGAACAAAUGCAUACCUCAUUAAUAAAGACAAUUCUAUAUUUUUA